CAUGAUCAUUUGAAAGGUUGUUACUAAAAAUAGACGUUAGAGGAUUCUUGUUGUUGUUUACAUUCGCUCAAAGAUAUGGUCCGCUCAACUUCUUUAUGUCAUCGUAUACUGAACUGGGUAAACAAGUCAUGCUGCUGUAGGCGCUUAUGCAGUAAAAAAGAUAGGGAGGCCUCUUCAUCAAAAGAAGCAGCUUUAACAGGGGAGAUUGAAGAUUUACCGGUGUUUUCCUCUUACGACUAUCCACUAAAUGUAUAUCAGGAUGUUUUCCAUAUAGGAGUUGCAGAAUGCCAUCAAAAACUUGACAAACUCGGUGAAGACAAGAACUGGGACGAGCUCGUUUCUUUGGUUAACACUGGAAAUGUAGAUUUCUCUAGACUCCCUAUUAAAGAUGAUUCAAAUUCUUUACCCUCCUUGUAUACACCACUUCAUCAUGCGGCUGCUGGGAAUGCUCCAAAGUAUGUAUUUGAAGAUCUUUUGAAAAAAGGGGCAACUAAAUGCUUUAAAACAACAAAUGGAGAAACCGCAUACGACUUAGCAGUGGAAAAUUCCUUAGAGGAGGACAUAUUAAAACUUCUUGAGUUACCAGAAAAUGUAAAGAAUAAAUUAGAAUCUAUAGCUAUAAUGGAGAAAUCUCUGCAUGCAAUUAUAUUGGAAAGAGUGGAGAAACUAAUCCAAGAACAUGGAGUCCAACUCCCACAACUUGCCUUUUUAUAUGAAAAGGGUCCGUUUCAUUAUUCAGUUCCAAUGAUGUAUGGUGGAUUUAACGUGAAGAAAUAUAAUGAUGGCAUAAAAGUUCACAGUUUUUGUCGUGUAUGGGGUGGAAGUGAGCAAGACCAUAUAAUUGAAAGAAAUGGCAAAACUACUCUAAAAGCUACAGGCCAUGAUUGUGCUUACUAAAAAGUAGAAAGAGAGGUCGAUAAUAAAUCUUUAUAUACUGGUUUUAAAUUUUGUGAAAUAAAUGGAAUUCCUUUA